GAAAGGUAGUAGGCAGAAGUCACAGAAAGAGAGAGAGUGAAUUAGUGAGUGUGUGUGUGAGACAGAGAGAAUUGGUUAGAAGAAAUAAAUAAAACUGUGUUGCUUGUUUGUUACUUAAACACAAACAAAUCUAGUGACACAUAGAACACAGAAAAUGGAAUGUCACCUUGCAAGGGACAACUACACGAUGCAGUACAAACACACAAGAUCAAAAAUUUUUAAAAAUAAUUCAUCACAGCACUCAUAGACACAGCCAAAAGGUAAACGAUAGAUAGAUGGAUAGACAGACAGACAGAUAGCCAGUUUUCAUUUGUACCCAUUGAUUCGUUACAGAUCAUUCAUCUGUGUGUUGUGAGACACGUAGCGUGUCUGUUUAAAUGAGCGCGCGCGCGCACGCGCAAAAGACAAACACAAACAGUGUGUGUGUGUGUGUGUGACUGAGCGAUAUAUGGACAGAUGCUUGUGUUUACACAUUUUUCUCUUUCACUACUAGCAUUAAUCACGUAUGUUUGUUAUUAAAACGGCCUGUAUUUUUAAGAAAAUAUCCUUUCUAUUCAACUUAAAUAAGCAAGAGUUACACUUGUUGUAUAUGUAUUAAUAAUACUAUUGAACAUUGAAACCUGUCAAAUUAUCUAUCAAAACAAUUUUACUAAGGAUAUAUAUACAUAUAUAUAUGUGACAUUUACGCAAAUAAUUCUUUCUUGUCUCAACUAUUGGAACAUUUAACUGUGAACAGACUCUAUUUACGCAAUCCUGUAACUAACUACCUGCUUGCUAAUUAUUUUAUGGAAUGAUAAAGAUAAUGAAUUCAGCUAAGAAAUGACCAAUUAUCGUACGGAAUUACGUAUACCUGUUGAACGUAAUAAAAAAUCCGUUAUUCAUGAUAAUUACCUGAAAAAUUUUAGUAAUUUUGACAACGAUACAGCCUUUCCGUUAGACGAUAAAUGGAGAUAUAAUAAUCAUAGUAAUAACACCAAUAAAUUUGACUGGGAUUCACGUCAUCGUCAUACAUCUGGUAGUAAUGAUCAAUUUUGUCAUCAAAUUCCAUGGCAUAAAAGGUUUCGUACAAUCUCAGCUAGUCCAAUGCGAUUUACUGAGACAACGGACUAUCUUUACGAUGAUAUGAAACGUAGAAUGGAGGAAAGACGAAGACGAUGGAAUGAAGAAUUUCGAUUAAUGCACAAUGAUAUCCUGUCACCUAGUCGACUGUCUAGUUCCAAUGAUUUAUUUAGCAGUCGAGAUGUAAUAAAUUCACCAUCGAGUUCACGAGAUACAUUAACAACAACAGCAGCGACGAAGACAAGUGGUUAUGAACAAUUUCAAGAUGGUAGUGUACAUUUUGUAGCAAAUUUUAAUCUCUCAGAUUAUGAUCCUGAAUUAGUGAAAGUAUUUGUACGUGAUGGUCAAUUAGUUGUGACAGCUAAAACAGAAAGAAGUCAUUCUGCGCAUAGUUUGAAUACAAUGAACAAUCAUAAUAAUAAUAAUAAUAAUAACGGUUCGACAUCAUCUCUCCGGGAAUAUUCACGCUCUAUCAAUUUACCUCCAGGUGUAGAUGAUGAAAAAAUCUCUGCUUUAUUAUCAUUGAAUGGUAUUCUGACUGUUAGUUGUCCUAUGAAACCACCACCUUUUUCAUCGUCAGUAGAUGGACAAUCCUCGGUUACUAAUUCAGAAGUAUCGUCCGAUCGAUUUUGGAAUAAUAAUAAUAAUAAUCAUAGUAAUAGUAAUAACAAUAACUCACCUCAUUAUCAAUAUCACUCACCUAGAAAGUUAUCACAACAACUUUUAAACACCUUUGAAUUAAAAUCUCCAAAAUUAAAUCAUUCAACACGUUCUGUCCAUUCCGAUUAUGAUAUUAAUUUACACAGUCAUGAUCGUGAUCACCAACAUCCUUUCAACGACACUCGAAGCUAUGCGAACAACAAUGAUCUACAUCGUCAGGCAUAUCGAUCACCAAGAAAACGUCGAUUUUGUUUAGAACUACCUAUCGAUUCAGAAUAUUCACCAUCAGAAAUACAAAUUAAAACAUUAAAUCGUCGUAUUUACGUGAAAGCACGUCAUGAAGAACGUGGAUUAAAUCGUACAGCUGUAAGAGAAUUUUCUAAAGAAUAUGAUAUACCUGAUCAUGUUGAUCCAGAGAGUCUGACGGCGAAAUUUAGUAAUGGUAUAUUAUAUAUUGAAGAACCAAUUAUAUAAAAAAGCAAGAGGAAUGAAUGAUAAUGAUGAAUAAUGCUCACAUGAACCCCAACCAGCCCCCCACCCCACCACCAACACCACCACUUAUUUGAUAAAUCUCUCACAAUUACAACACUUUUGGUUUUUCUUUAUCAUUCUUUAUCAAUCUCAUCUCAUAGUAUUUUGAUAAACUAUACCUGUAUAUUUCAAAAGGGAGAGAGAGAGAGGGGUGCUCAAGAACAGACGGCUGUAAGUUGUCGUGUUGGCUACUUGUAAACUUGCGUAGAGAUGGAAAGGUUUUACAGUUUACAUGUUUUUUAGUUUUAAUUUCAUAUUUUUCUAUAGAACGUAUAUAUACACACACAUACACACACACUAAAAAUCAGUUUCCAUGGUAUAUUUUUACUAAUAUCACAAUAGUAUUGAGCACCAUCCUUAUUGGUUGAAUUGCAAAAGACGCUUUUGUAGUCAUUUUAAAGAGUGCCCUCUUUCAUCUACCCUCCAAGAACAUGGAAGAGAUGAAUCAGACAUCGGGAAUCAAUAAAACGACAAUACAGUAACAUCAACGAGCAUUCAGAAACACGCACGCACGCAUACAUACAUACAUACAAAAGGGACAGAGAUUAACUUACGUGAAGAGUUUGUUUUGCUCAUCAGUCAGAUCAAACAUAUAUAAAGUUAGUCGAGUUUCUAAAGGUUAUUUUGUAGAUGUAAGAGUAAUUGAACAGCAGUGCCUGUUGUAACAUUAUGUAAUACAUUAAAACUUUCGAGUGUCUUACAAAUAAAACAGUCACUUGUUCUCUUGUAUUUUUAAUUUGUUCUAUUAAUU